CGGCCUGGGCACUGAUCUCCACAGGGCCGGCUGCUGAAAGAGGCUCCAAGAGAUUGCAAAGGAUCUCAAAUACCCAAACAGAAGCCCCCAUUAAUAUUUCGGUGGCUGUCGGGCAAAGCUGAUCAGAACAAGAUUAUUGGCAGCCUGUCUGCAGAAUGCAGGCUAGAUACUCAUCUCCUGAGACUCGCUUUGACUACCCUUUAUGCUAUUGAUUUUUCUUUUAGCAAAGCAGGCGCUUAAAAAAGAAAGAGAGAGAAACACUCAACAACAUGUAUGUUUUCAACACUGCGGUCUAUGGAAACCCAGCUGGGGUAGGAGGGUGAGAGCUGGGUCUGAUCACUUAUCAUGGCCUCUGUCAGUCAAAAACAAAUGGAUCUAUGGCCAAACACGUCCCACAAAGUCUUUUUCUCCCUUAGGUUUUGGGUUUUUUUUUUCAGAUGGAAUAUUUUCUUGCCAAGCCAGAGACAACCCAAGCUGCAAGACCUGGAUUCUGAUUUUUGAACACUCCAAAGUUUGAGGAGUAUUUGGAUCUGGUUUGGUCCAUUAUCAUGACAGGAGCAUUGAUUCAUAUACUUUAGGGCCAGGAGAGACCAUUACAAUCAUCUGAUCUGACCUCCUGCAAAGCACAGGCCAUAGACUUUCACCCUAUGGUAACUGCAUCAAGCCCAUUCCUUCUAGCUGAGCUAGAACAUGUUUUUUACCUCGAGCAUAUUUGGGCCUGUCUCUGCCAUUGACCUGAUUCAAACAUCAAGCAACCCAAAAAAUCAGAGUUGUUUUGGUUCUGGGCUUUUAUUUCAGGCCCAUCACUAAUGGAAAUGGGGUUGACCUUGCAGGGAUUCUCAGGAGGAGUGUCUUGGGGACUGCGGCAGAAUGGGCAUUUGAAACAAGACCUCAUAGGAGGCACGGAAGGCGUAGUAAGACUUGGGACAAGUGGCUGCAGGAAUGGAUGCUAGCCAGGGUGGUUGCAAAGCAUCUACUGAAGAAGAGGUUUCCUUUGGAUGCUCCGGAGCCUGACCUGCCAUAGGGGAUGCCCCAAUUUACCUUUGCUUGCUUCUGUGGGCUCCAUGGCUUCUGCAAGAUGAAGAGGAAAAAAGAAGACCCCAGCGCAGAGCAGGAGACGUCAGUGUGAGACUUGUCCUGGGUGUGUCACAUUUACCCGCUCACUCACAUCGCUGGAUCCCAACCCUGGGUUGAACUUGAGACUUGCCUGGCUUGGAAAAAAGCUGAAGCUCAGAAAUGACCCUUACAGAAGAGCACAAACAGGCAUUAUCCUGGGUGCUAUGGUAGUUCAGCACAGAUCCCCAGUCUCAAAGGUGCUUGGCCUUGGACCACACAGCUCUCCGUGGCAGAGAGAGAUUUUUGUCCCUUUACUGGAUAAAAGUUCAUUCACGAGAAAGCUGUCCUUGUCUUGCUCGAAUAUGUCCCCUGGGACAGACUCUGAAGGAGAUUUCCAAAUCAAGAGCCAGGUCCUGCCCUCAGUUUCCCUGGAGUAAGUGGGCAGCAGGAUUUGGCUCUAUGUUUUUAAGUUGUCUCACUGGUGCACUGUCAACUGAAAAUGAACGAGCUGUAGAGUUUUUUUAGUGUCUCCCAAGCAAAUGUCUGUGUCUACAAGCAGCGGUUCCUAAUGCCUCUGGGACAUUUUGUGCUCAGAUGUGCUAGAUGGAGAUACCGUUAGGAAGUGGUGCAAACACACUGGGCUUUGAUUCUGCUCCCUCUUGCACCGAUGCAAAUCAGGAGUCACUCCACUGAAGUCAAUGGUGUUAGCCCAGUGGGAGAGCAGACUCAUGCCCCUUGUGUAUCUAUAUUAACUAUGGGAAGUGAAUUUUGCAGUUGGCCCCUUUUCUGUAAUGGGCUUGAAUCAAAAUCCCUGAACUCUAUGUGGAGAGAAGUUUGGAACUGGGAUCCAGAUCUCAGCUUUGGAGCUCAGGUCUAUCUCUGGUGUGUAUGCGUCCUCCAGUGGUUCUCCGCCUUUCCCUUAAUGGGUGCCCUCUUCCAAUCUAGCCAUUUAGCAAUCUGGGAAAGGCAGAAUGGCCACGACCCUCUGACACCUGUUCAUGUACAUGCGGUGGGUCGCAACCCCCAGGAUAAGAGCCCAUGUUCUCAAAGAAAUUCAUGCAGCUGACAGUCUGGAAAAUGCCAGUGUUCAAAUCGUUAACCUUUUUUACUGGCACUGCCUCACCUAAUCCAGGCAUAGCCAUUAGUGUUAGUGUAGUGCUGCAGUUUCAAAGGUUGUCCCUGUUUUCUCCCUCCUUGUCUGUACGUCUUUCCUACCUGCUGUUAAAGCCAUAUGGAAAUUCCCUGGGUGCUGUGCCUUUCAGGAGGUGUUGCAGACAGACUUUCCUCUUCAGGUACCCUGUUGUCACUGUGGAUCCCAGAAAGUACAGCUAUUUCAUGGCCUGAUCCAAAGAACAUUGAGGUCAGUAAAAACAACAAGGAGUCUGGUGGCACCUUAAAGACUAACAGAUUUAUUUGGGCAUAAGCUUUCGUGGGUAAAAACCUCACUUCUUCGGAUGCAGAGAGACACGGCUACUCCCUGAUACUUUGAGGUCAGUAGAAACUCUCCCUUUGAUUUCAGUGGGUUUGGAUCAGGACCUCACUCAGGAAGGUCUUCUUGUGGUAGUGUUGGAGAUGGGCUUGAAUCCAACCCUCAGCUCUGAACACCCCCCGGCCUUAUGGCACUGGAAAUCCAGAUCCAAAUUUAGCCCCUCAGACCCAGCUCUGGCUAAUUCAGGCAGCCUCAACCCUUUCACUCCUGAAUCUUUUGCUGCCACCUCCAAAAUGUGCAGCCCCUGAGGCUACUAGAGGUUUGCUCUUUUGAUGGUGGUGACUAGAAGGGAAUACCCGAUGAGGAUGGUCACACAGUAUUUGUAGCCCUUUCAGUCAGAAUAAACUGCAGCUGCUAUGGCUUUCGAGAACUGGUGUCAAGGCCUGAGCUGGGUAUAUGACAGAGUCAGAAAGACAGGCUGUCAACAUGACAGGCUGAGAUGGUAGCUAUGGAGAUCUGAGAAGGGGUUCAAAAUGGCUGCCUCAGGCAAGGCUGAUUCAGCCAGUAUUGCAACGGUAGUGGCUGUAGGGAGCCCUCAUGAACCCCCUCCUGCCCCAGUCAUCUCUGUAUGGAAAAGCCAGUGUGAGGUUCCUUGCUCAUGCUCCAGGGUUCAGUGGUGUGGAGUAGAAGCUGCUUUGAACUGAAUGAGAACUGAGUGGGGACCAGUUGGUCCCCCUAGAGAAUUGGGGUGCCUCUCCCUUUAAUAUAACCCUGGUUAGGGUAAAUUGCUGGCUCUUUGCCUCCUUCUGUGUAACAGAAAACCUCCAUUCACUUGGUCCUCUAAGUCCCUCAACAAACCCAUUGCACCAAUUCUGGAUACAUCUCCUAAGGCCCGAUUCCCACCAUGGAAUGGAACCAAGCCCUCAGAAUCGGUCAGGGCAGAGGAUCGGUAGUGGGAGAAGGUCAUGUGCUAAAUCAGGUGGAUGAGGUCUGGGAAGGGGGACAAGUGAAUGACGUUGCAUGGAACUGUCAACAGGCCUUCACUGCAGCCAGCCAAAGGCUUUGGGGGACAAUGUUAUUAAUAUUAAACAAAAAAUAGUAAUUGGGGCAAAACCACCAUUUCUUUUUAAAGAUCAAACAUGGAGGAUCAGGGGCACAGAGUGCCUUAGGGCGGUGGGGCCAGAGAUUGUUAAUGCUGUAACUCUGAUGCAAAAGCUUGCCUGGUAGGGUCUCUGAGGAAUGUUGUCUCCUGCUCCCCUUUAGGAAGGGCAGACAGGUAAAUCUUUAGGGGCCAGAUCCGUGGCCACUAUAAAUCAGAGGAGACUCAUUGACUUCAGUGGAGCUAUGCAGAUUUAUGCCAUCUGAGGAUCUGGCCCCGAGAAGAAUAAGUUGAGCUAACUCAGAAAACAAAUCCUUCCCCCACUUAUAAAACUCACUGACCUUUCCAGCGCUCAGACCGCUGCUGCGAGACCGGAUUUACGCUUGACAAACAGAGCUGUGUGUGCUGGUGACAAGCUCUCCUUUUGGGAAGAUUUGCUAGCUUGGCCGGCUACCAAAACCAACAUGGCCAUUAUUUUAUUGUCUUAUCCGAAGGGUUUAGCGUGAAACCUCUGCCCAGCAAGGAUGACCAAUAAAAGGAGACACAUGAGAUCAUCUCCUGGGAUAUAAGAAGAGCAACGAACUAAGCGGCUUUAAAUAAUCUUCAUCGGGUGCCAGUAGUCGGGGUUGCUCUAGGAGAUGGUUGAAUCACUUCAAACACUUCAAACACAAAACAGCUGGUAACAGACUAUAGCGAGGAGUCCAACUGCACCUGAUCUUGCUUAGUGAGUCAGUCUGGAAAGUUCACAUGCUGAGAAGCACUGUAUUUUCCCCAUGGAGCAUGAAGAAGAUACUCACACAAGGUGCUGUCUGGUUCAUGCACAUGAAGGAUCAAGCAUAGGGAAAGGACCCAACACUGAAAGCACUGGGGUCACACUCCAGAUAUAUAUGGCCCAGAUGUCGAGGGGGUUUUCUCAGUGAACUUUGGCAUGUCUGAGCCAACUUGUGAUGGUGGCCAUUUUGCUACUGCUUGAUGCGUUACAGGAGCCCAUCACUGGAGGCUGUUGGUCUCGUUGUCAUCUCAUUUCAGUGGUGGCAGAACGUUUAGCGGAAGACUGGCAUUUAGGCUUAGUUUGGGUAUCUAAAUCCCCUAGGAGGUUUAGCAAAUGGUCAUGUUUAAAUAUUAAACAUUACAGGCCAAAUCUUGGGGUCUCUCACCCAGGAAAAGCUUUCACUGGGUCAACGCCUCACUGGAAUGGAGCAUUUUCAAAUUCUAUUGGCUCCAGAGAGAGCCGAAGGUGCUCAACAUCCCUCAGGAUAUUGCCCCUUGACUGGGUGUUUUGCCUGAGUAAAGACUUCAGGAUUUGGCCCUGAAAUUCUUUCCGAUCAUUGACCCCAUAAUAAAGCAGAAGGAAAAGUGAUGCAGAGGACGAACACUGCCUCUGAGCAUCUCUAGAUGCCAAUAAAGAAAACUGGCUACAGCCGUAUUCUGGGUAGGGAUAUGCCCGUGCAGCUCCCACUGAUGCCAAUGGGAGCCCAAUAUAUGUAUCCAAAGCCAGGAUACAGCUGGAUAUUUCCUAGCACGGUUCUGAGUUUCUGCACAGCAAGAAGUGCUUGGCAGCCUGUGAACUUUCACUCCGUUUUCUGCACUGAGCAAGGGGGCGGGGGGUAGUUGUUUUGACUCAUCCCCAUUCAUUUUCAUCAAGGUCAGCUCAUCACCUCAUGCUCAGCUGAUUGUGUAACACACUGUGAGCAGUUAUAGCUCUCCAUGGAUACCAGAGACUAUCUUUACUGGCCUUCUACUUAUACAGAGCCAGAAGAGAACAGCAGUACUUGUGGCACCUUAGAGACUAACAAAUUUAUUAGAGCAUAAGCUUUCGUGGACUACAGCCCACUUCUUCGGGUGCAUAUAGAGUGGAAUAAAUAUUGAGGAGAUAUCUAUACACACAUACAGAGAGCAUGAACAGGUGGGAGUUGUCUUACCAACUCUGAGAGGCCAAUUAAGUAAGAGCUCCCUCUUUAGUGCAAGUGGCAGAGACUUGUGCAUUUGGUGCUGACGGACACAAAUUCAAUCCCUAUUUAGGACCAGUCUCUGUGUGGGUACAGCCCCUGUUCAUCGCAGCUAUAAGCUAUAGCAGUUAUUCUGGCAGCAGUAGUUUGUCCCAACUGAAGAUCAGCUGGCCGCAAGUCCCUGAGACCUUUCAAGUCAGAGGCAAGAGAUUUGCAGAUGAUCAUAGUCUGUUUCCUUUUUAGUAAGUUGGACCCCAUGUAAACUAAGAAUACUAAUGUUUUCUCCAGUGCGGCGAGUUUUAAUUGUUUAAUGGAGCACGAGGUGAAUAGCCAAGGUUACUGUUGUGGAACCUAGGCUGCUAGGAGCCUUUGAUUAUGGAGCCAUCAUGGCUUCAUAGUUAAGGUUCCAAAAUUAAUACACAUACCCUGAGACUCUGUAAAGAGCUAACAGCUUUACUGAAUCUAGCCAGCUUGGCUGGAGGUUUAUACAGUACUAAUUAAAUGCUCCUGAAAUGGGUCUUAUGUAAAAACUGGUAUGGGUGCUUCAGAGGUUUUCUCUCUAUUGUGGUUGUUCCAAAAUCUGGUCUGGAUGGAGGAGGGGGAUCUUUCCAGGACAAUACGGUAACCUAUUGAAUAUAUAUUGUAGACCACCAUAUGUCUGCUGAAUUUAUCUCACCUCAAGAAUUGCACCUGCCUCCAGCAAAGAGCUUCCUAGCUAGGCAUGGAUGAAUCUAGUAUGUAAAAUAUACAGAGACAGACACACACACACACACAUAUAUAUAUAUAUAAAAUUGAAAACGCAAUAAAUUACACAAGUACAAUAUGAAUGUUUAAAAGCUCAAGCUGCAGUUAUUUUUAAAGAGAACUUCCCAUGUAUGUGGAUAGAUAGCUCCCAAAGUAAUAAUAUGUUAUCCACGGUGGCUCCAAGCAAAAUUAUUUGCUCCUGGAUUGACCCCUGUGGUGCUCAUAAAUGGCUUGUGGCGCUUCUUGAUUCUCCUAUCGUAAUGACUUGACCUCUAGGUUGAUGGCUGAAGGUUCCUUCAUCCACACAUCAUUUCCCACCAGGCUCCAGCCCGGCGCUUUUCUGCAGCAAACCUGUCAACAAUCUGAACUUCCAAGCAGUUUGCUCUUUGCUAAUUGCCCAGGCUGAGAGUGGGGGCUGCCAACUAACUUCCACAUGACAAGUUUGCAGUGGGCAAAAAGUUAGAUUUUUUCCCCCCCAGUGGCAGCAUUUUAUUAGGAUACUGGACUCUUCCAAAACUGUGAAAGCUGGAAAGCUGACAGCUCUUGUCAAAGUACAAAUGAGCUCCCCAUCUCUCUUUCUCUUCCUCACCCACAUACUUGCACAAGCCCUGGCAUUUUUUAUAAGUAUAUAUAAGAAGCAUUUUGCUUCAGUGCCCAGAAUUUCCCUUGUUCCCAUACUUGUGUAACAUGCUUUAUGCUGCUUGUACAUCUGCCUUCCUCCUUUCCACCUCAGAGGUGACUGCAUUUCAGUGGGGCUAUAGAAAUGUAAAUCUUAAUACUACUACUACUACUAAUAAAUUAACAAUAAUGACAAACUAAUACAGAGCUAUUCAUCUAUAAAUCUCAAAGCACUUUACAAAGGAAGGGAAGCAUCAUUACCUCCAUGCUACUGAGGGGGAAACUGAGGCUCAGAGCAGGGACGUGACCUGCCCAAAGCCACCCAGGGAGUCAGUGGCAGAGGCAGGAAAAUAACCCAGGUGUCCUGACUCCCAGUUGUCCCUGUGAAGCUCUUUUGGAUCCUUUGGGUGAAAAGGGUGCUGUAGAAAAAUGUAAGGUUAUUUCUCUCUUUUUAUGACACAUUUGCUUUAAUAUCACUCCCAUCCACGCUGAAGUCUCUGUAUAAUUCUCCCCAUUAUAACAGGAGACUUAACUGUAACGUAACUCCCCGGAACAGUUUCAAAGAGAAGAGUUCUAUGCUAGCUACCAUCAUUGUUCCUCAGAAAAUGAAUGUUAUGCUCCUGAAAGAUGCAUUUGUUCCCACCAGAAAUAAUCCAUCUCUAAUCCUAUUACAGUGAAGGAAACCAUCCAAGUUUCUCUAAAUGAAAAUGGAAGGAUAUAUUUGAAACAGGCAAAUCUGCUCAUCUCUGCAAUGCAGCAAGCACUGAUGUGUGAAACUCCAUUGCUACACACCCCACUGGUCGCCUGCAGCCCUUGCCCAUGACCAGCUUUUCAGAUGACCCAGUGGGGACCUAUGAACUUAGCAAGGUGAUGUGCUCAUGGGAAUUUAGGAAACCAAAUAUGCAGCCCCCUUUCUGGGUAGUUGACAAAAUGUAUUUAAGUUAAAGGGCCAGACGCUCCACUGUUAUAAAUCAGCAUAGCUCCAAUGACACCAAUUUACUAGAGCUGAGGAUCUGACCCAAAAUGUCUUGAAAUUAAAAGGAAAACCAGCAUUGCUCGAUCUUGACAGUAGAGAGUCUGUAGUAGUGCUGAUGGUGUAGUCAAGGGGGAAACAGCUUUAAUGAUCAAAAUAACCAGAGCGUUGCCUUGGGCUAACUUCCAACAGAGGCAGUGUAUCCUCUUUGUAAAUAUUGGCCUACUUUGGAGCCAGAGAGUCUCCAGAUGUUUAUUUGCAUGACAAUAAGUGGGUAGGGGACCAAAAAAUGGUGUGUGUGUGCGUGGUGGGGUUUCAUCCCAAGUUGUUUUGUUUUUUAUCAGCAGAUGAUCUCUUGACAGAGGUGGUCUUGCCAAGGGAACUUUCACUGCAUUUAUUUAAGAUGAAGGAAAUAUUUGUGCAGUGAAUUGGAAGGGUACAGAACAUGCACAAAGAGUGAAGCCAAGAAAAAAGCUGCAGCUUGAACUCUUGAUGUGUAACAUAUUCCUGAAAGUCUUACUGAAGAUGUGCAAAAAGAACAGGGAUAUAGCCUAAUCCAGCCUUUCUCAAUCUGUGGUCGGGACCCCAGACUGGGUUGUGACCCCGUUUUAAUGGGGUCGCCAGGGCUGGCAUUAGACUUGCAGGGGUUAGGGGCCAAAGCCCAAGCCCCACCAUCUGGGGCCAAAGCCCGAGGACUUCAUCCUUUAGUGGCGGGGGUCAGGUCACAGAACCCCCACCUGGAGCUGAAGUCCUUGGGCUUUGGCUCCCCGGCCCAGAACAGUGGAGCUCGUUCUUUGCCUCCCCCCACCACCCCCCAUCUGGGGCAGCUGGGCUCAGGUGAGCUCAGUUCAGUGCUCCCUCCUGGGGUCAUGUAGUAAUUUUUGUUGUCAGAAGGGGGUCGCAAUGCAAUGAAGUUUGAGAACCCCUGGCCUAAUCUAAUCGGAUACACAUGCCCACGUGUCUAUAAUAUAUCAAGUUGGAAUCUCUUUUUUUUGUAAACUCCACAAUAGGAUUUAAGUCUUCAUUCCACCGGAACACUUUGCAAACACAAGCUUUUGGCAUUUAAUUGGAUUGGAACAGUAUCAGUGUUCUGUUUAUUAUAGCCAGAGUGAUUUCUGCAUUCCAGUGUGUAUCCAAUUUCUUUUAAGAUGAUCUAACCAAAGGUGCCCUUUUCUUUCUUGCACUUCUAGGGUGAUAUGGUGGGAUUAUGUUUUUUUAAAUGCACUUUACUCCCCCAUGUUGAGUUGGUGGCCCCAGUUAUCUUGCUCUUUAUGAUUAUGCACAGGAACAUCAGUAGGUAGUUAGGUGUGAAGAAAUCAGACAUCUGCACACCACUGUCUCGUCUGAUACCUUCUGGAACUGACAUGGUCCCCCAGUGAGUUCUUUGACCAAUAUUUUCAAAAGUGACUAGUGAUUUUGGGUCCCCAGCGUGAGUCACUUUAAUGAGUGCUGAGUUCCAGAGGGUGAAUACUCAGCACUUGCUGAAAAUCAGGCUCCCGUAAAGUGUCUCUAGAUGGGCAUUCAGAAUCACUAGUCACUUUAGAAAAUCCCUCCGCCCCCAUCCCCACUCAUCAGCAGAAUAGCCUUCCUGGCCCAUAUCUUGCAGUCCUUUGUGUUGAGCUGAACAGGAAUUUUGCCCUGAACAAGAACUGCAGGAUCCGGACGGUUAUUUGUAUCUCUUCUUUAAGGGUAAAAAGACAGUUGGUUAAGUACAAUGUAUAUUUAUUGAAUGUAUCUGUAUAUAAUUUGCACAGCCACUUUGUAAAGCAGGGGGACCACAUGGGUAACAUACUCAUGGACUUAAACCACUGAUAAUUAAACAGUCCUCACUAUGAAGUUUAUUAUAUGUAUAGAUUUAUAUAUAGGGUCACAUUUCACUCUCAUUGAUGUGGUGUAAAUGCAGAGUCUGUCCGUGUGUUCAAAUGUCUCAAAAAAACAAACAAACAAACAAACAAACAAAAACGUGUAGUACAGAGAUGGGCCUGAACUAACCCCUUGGAUCCAAGAACCCCAAAACUUCCACCAGGUUUGGGGAUGUUGGAGGGGCCUCAGACCCAUCUCUAGUGUCAGGGCAUGUAAACAAAAAGCAGAACAAAACAAGGAUAUAGUCACAGAAGACGCAACACUACAGCCCUGACUCACCCAGCAAAGCAUAUGCAUAAAUUUAAGCUUGUGCUAAAAAGCUUUGCUGGAUUGGAUCCUAAAAUACAACGGGCCUAAUUCACCCCUAAUGUAACCCCAUUGUUCUUCAGUGAAAUGUACAGUUACCCACACAUUUAAAGGUGCAGGACUGUCUUUGCAAUCUAUUAAGUGUCUCCCUAUUGUCCUUUUUUCUUUCACUGUCUGGAUUCCAUCAUAAAGGGACCUAACCAGACAUGUUCCUCAGGAGUCUCCCAGCCUCAGUAGCCAUAGAAACCAGCUAUUUUUAGUCUGUUUUUCAAGAUGCCAAUAAAUGACUUUUCUCUACUUUGGAAAGACAGAGGACCCGGUCAGCCUCAUGUAUUAAUGCAUGGUAAAUUAGUGUCUUUAAAAAGCCAUGCAAACUUCUUGUAAAGUACUGUAUAUUUAAGAAGAAAAAUAAAUGUGAAACUUGUUAAUAGGAGAGUAUAUAAACAUGCACAGUAGAUUAUUCACUUGCUAUUAUAUUUCCUAUCUAAGAAAAAUAUUUGUAAUACUUUUUAGAGCCCUCGCUUUAGAGUAUAGAUUUUAUAGAUGUCUGGAGAUAAAGAGUAUUUUUGGUAUAUGACAUGUUUUGCUUUCUCCUUCUCAAGCUGCUUGCUUAAUCCCUGCCCCAGACAUACAUUGGCAGUGUUUGGAAAUUAAAUCAAUGCCUGUGAGAAUGCAAUCCUAUUAAAAAUCCCCAAACAAUGACUUUGUUUUCUAGGAUUUCAUUCAUGUUUGAAGCUGGAGGCUUUUCAAACAGGACUGAGAAACAAAUUUGUAUGAUUAAUUGUCAGGAUGCAUUUUAAUGAGUGACAGUGGCUUAGCAUUCUACAGCCAAAUUCAAUAUGCAAAGGGAAAUAAAUGUAGCGGGAUAGAGGAUCUGUUUCCUUGAGGGUUUUCUUAAAACCAGUCACAGCUGCAGGAAUUAUUUAGGUCCCAGACUUGCAAUGCAAUGCAAUGUAACGGGGCAGACCUUUGCACCCAUGCAGAGUCCCAUUGACUUCAGUGGUACAAUAAUACUGGCACCAAAGUCCACCCACAUACAUCACAUUGCAGGACUGAGGCCUUGGUGGUAUUUUCCCACAUGCUUGGUAUGACUUGAUUAAAAUUAUGAGUAUAUACCUUGUACAGUAUUUUUGAAUACCCUAAUCUUAUACACCCUUCCUACAGAUCACACAAGCCUUGUGGUGGGAAAACUCUGGUAGGGCAAUGGUGCUGUGCAAGCCACCCUUCAUAGACUGUCUGAUCCUGCAAAGGGCUGAAUGUCUUCGGCAAGGUGCUGCUUGCCUCUCAGCUCCCACUGACUUCAACGGGAGCUGAAGGCACACUCUGUAUCUUGCAGGAAGUACUGAGGAUACCUUGCAGCAUUGGCGGCAUAGAAACACAGGGCCAGAUCCUCAGCUGGUGUAAAUCAAUGUAGCAGGAGGAUCCAGCAUUGGUAGCUGGGUUAGGAAAAUCAUCCUGGAAUCAGAUCAAUAAAACUCUCGCGCGUGAUGAUGACCAAAGUGAUUUUCUUUAUACACUUACCAGGUAUCCUAGGGCUAUAUAUACAUGGAGCCCAGUCACUUGUGCUGUAACAUAUUGAGUUUACAAGACUGCAUUAUAAAUUAUAGAUGCAUAUCAUGUCUGUAUCUUGCACUGAAAUACCUGCUUAUCGAUCUGUCUCCUGCUGAUUAAUUUUCUUUACUGACUAGGCCCUUUUUUGGAAGCAGCUAACCGGCUUUGUUUCUGUUCUUUUGUAUGUCUCUGAAAUCUAUGCACCUGGAGUAAGCACUUUCUUGUUCUAACUGUAAAAGCAUGACUGGGAAAGCAGGUAUGUUAAUUGCUGUAAUAAAGAGACUUUAUAAUA